ACCAGCUACACGCCUACAUCGCGUGCACAGACGCAACUCUUUCCACAAUCCACACACUUUCGCCUCCAGCCUUCCACGGCGCCCGCCCCCACCCCGCGCCGCCGCCCAUGUCCGCCGCGCCGGCCGCCGCCGCCCCGCCCCGCCGCGUGGUCAUCUGCGGCGGGGGCGUGGUGGGCGCGUGCACGGCCUACUUCCUCUCCACCCACGCCGUGUCGCCCACCGUCCCGACCCUCGUCGAGAGGUGCGCCCCGGCGUGCGCCGCCUCAGGGAAGGCCGGCGGCUUCCUGGCCCUCGACUGGUGCGACUCCACCCCGGGGCUCUCCGCGCUCGCGCGGGCCUCCUACGCGCUCCACCGCCGCCUCGCCGCCGACCUCGGCGGCGUCGACGCCUACGGCUACCGCCCCGUCCACACGCUCUCCGUCUGCGUCCCCUCCGUUCCCAAGCCCGCCUCGCCGCACCCGAUGCUCCCGGCGUGGGUCGACCCGUCGGCCUCCGCGGCCCCGCCGCGGGAGCUCGGCACCCCGGACACCACCGCGCAGGUCCACCCGGGCCUCUUCACCAAGGCCGUCCUCGCCGCGUCCGGCGCCGAGGUCGUCAUCGGCGAGGUGGAGCGCGUCGUGGUCCGGGACGGCCGCGCCGCCGGCGUCGCGGUGAAGGGGCGCGACGGCGUGGUGGACGCCGACGCCGUGGUGCUCGCGCUCGGCCCGUGGUCCGGGCGGCUCGAGGUGGUCAGCGAGGUGUUCGACGUGUCCGGGCUCAAGGCGCACAGCAUCUUGCUGGGGCCGCGCGAGCCCGAGAACAUCACGCCGCACUGCCUCUUCCUCAGCUACCAGCCGGAGCCCGGUGCCAAGAUGCUCGACCCCGAGGUGUACCCACGGCCGACCGGGGAGGUGUACAUAUGUGGAAUGACCAAGGAAGAGAACCCGCCCGACGAUCCCGCAACAAUCACAGGUGAACCCAACUCAAUUGCAAUGCUGCACAAGAUCGCCGGGAAGGUGUCCAGCCAGCUGAAGAAGGAAGAGGGUGCGGAGGUGGUCGCGGAGCAGGCGUGCUACCUGCCGUGCACCACCGACGGGAUGCCGGUCAUCGGGGAGAUGCCGGGGGUGAAGGGGUGCUAUGUGGCCACCGGGCACAGCUGCUGGGGCAUCCUCAACGGUCCGGCCACCGGCGCGGCCCUGGCGGAGCUCAUCCUCGAUGGCAAGGCUAAGAUCGUCGACCUUGCGCCGUUCAGUCCGGCAAGGUUUCUCAAGAGGAGCCGGCGUGGAGCCUGACUGUGUAAGGUGUUUAAGGUGAAUUGUGAUUUGUGAAGGUUGACUUGCAAAUGAAUAAGAACACUUUGUGAUGAGAGUUGCAAAACAUGUACGAUGAAAUAGUGAAUAAAGAAUGGAUACUUGCUGUUCUGUACUU